AAGAGCCUGCAGCUGGCUUGUGGAGUCAACCAUUGGAGCGCAAUUCUUCGACUCGCAAGUAUACUUCCCAUAUUUCCAAUGGUCUUAGGUGACCCCAGGCAAAUAGCCAUUUGACCCCCAACGGGGUCCCAACCCACAGGUUGAGAACCACUGGGCUAAGAGACGGUGGUUUCACUGGAUUGUGUUUUUCAUUUGAAUGGACAGCAUAGGGAUUUGGUAAUAGUUUUUAAGAUAUGAAUGGCAGUAUUUUAACCUCUUCUCCCCCUUCCCAUCAUUUCCUCCCCCCCAUUUUAGCUGAAAAAUUACACUGCCAAAAUUAAGUCAAUAGGCUACUUACUUUUGGCUCUGUAAUCCCACAGAUUAUAAAUGCACACCCAUGACAUGUGGGUUCCCCUCCCAGUCUGCAAAUCUCUGUUGGCUGUUUCUGCAAGCAAGAUUUGUCCAGAUUCCAUUUAUUCAUUAGUGCUGAUGUUAAAUGUUAUUAAUAGCUAUUAAGUCACCAAGAAAAGCAGGUGCCAUGCUUUUUGUAUCAGCACAUUUCAGUGAGUUUCUGGCUUUUAUAUUCCAUCUUUCUAUUGUGACUCACCAGGAAGUCAUUUCCAGCAGAAAAAAAAAUAAGGUUUGACAAAAGCAAGCAAAACAAAAGAUAAUCGUUUUUGAAGGGAUUGCCGAAUUCAUUAAAAGAAAAACAAAUCCAUGCACGACCUAGUCAUUCAACUAGCUUUUAAAUUAUUAUUUACUCUCCACAAAUGCCUACAGCUGAAACAUGACCUGGUUAGAUUGAUUUCUUGAAACCCUUUCUCUUUUUGUACUUGUUCUUCAAGCAGACCUACUGGAUCUGCAUGAAUUUAUCUUAUGAGUACCAAACGUCAGUCCAGAAGACACAGGUGUAAAUUUUCUGAAUGCAGCAGCCUGAGAAACAAAUUUUAGCUGGUCUUACAUUUUUGAACAGGAGAUAUAAUGGCCUGUGUAAACUAAAGCUUCAAUCUUUUCUCAUGAAAAAAAACAACCUCAUAGUUCUUACAUACAUAGUGUUUAUGGCCAUAGGAGAGUCUUCCUUUGACCAUCUCAGUGUAGUUAAAAGCAAUUCGCCAUAAUGCUCAUAGGUUUCAGAGGUAUUUUUAAAGUAAAAAUAUAGGAAAAUAACCAAAUAUCCUGGCUCAUUUUCUGUAACUCCAACAUAGGAACAAUAUUUCUCACUUUUAUUUUUAUUUAGCAAUUAUUGAGUGUGUUAACUGAUUCUACUCUGUACCUGGGGUGGAGUCAGCAUCUUUGCUCAACAGGUUAUGCUUAAUUGAAGGUGGGUCAUUUAAAUGAAGGGUAAAUGCAUGUGAUUCAGAACAUUGAAGGAAAACAGAUAGAGCUGGCUGAAGCAUUAUAAUUGGAAAAGAGUGAAGUGCUUGAAUUCCAGAAAGGAUCCAGACUGUAUCUCCCCCUACAUCCUAAAUGUUUACUCCGAAAUAAAUAUUUCAGUGUAUGUCUGAUACUAGCAUAGAUUUGACUGGAUUCAAUCAUAAUAAUGUUUGUUUUGGAUGUAGCUGCCUUCUCUCAACCUAGAAGUAUAGGAGCUGAUAUUCUUAAUGCAAAAGUUGACUCUGAUAUUUUCCUGCUGAAAUGGGUAAUGAAAACAGCAGCCAAGAAAGUCAGGAGGGCCCUUCAGUUCCAAAAUCAACAGAGCCACUUAGUACUGAGAGAGAAAUAAAAACUAAAAAGUCAAGGAAAAAGAGCAGAGAGAAAUCAGUCAAUCAAGAUGACUUGAACAUGUUACCAUCAGAUUCUGCAGUUUCAUUACCACUGCCAGAUGAUAGUUUCUCAUUAACCACAGAAGAUACAAGUGGAAAUUGGCCUCUAGUGUCUGACUUGGAGGAAAGGGAUCCCCACCAAUCCCUAGACCCAAAUAAUCUUCUUUUUGCUGGGAUUGAUAUAAAUGAAGAGUUAAGGACCCAGAAUCCUCUCCUGAGCAGCCUAAAUAAUGAAGGCCUCUGUACUAUCUCUGCUGAAGAAUCAACCAGUGAAAACAAUGUUGUGGCACAUCCAGAUGUGAUGGCGAACGACCUACACGAGGCAGAUUCCCUGGGAGCCACUGAAGAAGGAGGACAAGAUCAAAGCCAACAUAUGCCAACGCUUUCUGAGCAUGGUGAAGAAUGCGCUGCACUAAGUUUUAAAAGUAGCACUGAAGAUCUGCUAGCCAUGGUAUCAAACCAUGCUAUUGUGAAUGACAAAGACAUCAGAACUUUACCUUUUGUUAGUGCAAAAACAGAUGCUGACUGUUAUACUACUACUUUUGCAAGAGAGUAUGACAAAGAUCCAAAUAAUACUGCUUUGGAGCAGAUUCCUUCAUUAGAUUCUACUUGGACACCAGGACAUGAAACCGAAGAGAGCAAUUUCAGUGAAUUAGAUUCAUGGCCACAGAGUGAAUUGUUGAUUGAAGGAGACAAGACACGCAUUAAACCAUUGCCUAAGAGUGAGAAAGGCAGAGAUUCUUAUACUACUAAAGAAAUCAGACAGGAGACUGGACUGGAAUUGAGCCUAAAUAACAAAGGCAGUAACACCAGUUACUCAACCAGUGAAAACACUGUUCCGGCUUAUCCAGAUGUGAUGGCGCUGGAGAAUAACCUGCAUAAGAGAGAUUCCUUAGUACCUACUGAAGAGGAAGAAAAAGAUCAAAGACAGCAUAUUCCAGUUCCUUCUGAGCAUGGUAAAGAAUGUGCUGCACUAAGCCUUGACAAUAUCCCUAGAGGCUUGCCUGCCUUGGUUUUAUACCCUGCUAUUGUGAACGACAAAGACACAAGAACUGUGCCUCUUGUCAGUGGAACAGAUGCUGACCAUUAUACUACUACUUUUGAAAGAGAGUAUAAGAAAGAUCCGAAUAAUACUGUUUUGGAACAGAUUCCUUCAUCAGAUUCUACUUGGCCAUUAGGACUUCAAACCAAGGAAAGCAAUUCCAGUGAAUUAGAUUCGUGGCCACAGAGUGAAUUGUUGAUUGAAGGAAAGAAGGCACACGUUGUUCAGCUGCCUAGCAGUCAGAAAGGCAGAGAUUUUUAUACCGCUAAACAAAUCAUACAGGAGACUAAAUUAGAAGCGAGUAACAAGGAAGAGACUUUAAUAAAACCAGUGGGACUGAACACAGGUAGUGUAGACAGCCUGUUAAUGAAAAAAGAAAAUUGUAUUCCAAAUAAUCUCACAACAGGAAAUUCAGACAUAAAUAAAUAUGGUAUAUCUGGUAUUGAUCAGAGCCUUAUUGAGUUCAAAAGUGUCAUCAGCGAAGAUAGCAACAGUGAAGUGAACAGAGGGGACAAUCAAUUCCAAAUAUUUCCAGGAAAGGGUACUGAGGUGCUUGAGGAUCCUCCUACUGUAUCCAGUUUGUCUUCAAACACAUCAAACCUGUUACCAUUAACCAUGAGAGAACAACCAAUUGGUGACUUGAUGGCUGAAAAGGAAUGGCUAGAAAAGGCCAUAAGUCCAGAACCAAACAUCCAUUGUGUGAAUUUACCACUUAGCUUGGAACCUUCUGAUGCAUUCUUGUUGCCAGAAAAUAAAAACAAAAUGCAAAAAGCAAAUACAUUUCAGAACACAGCAGAACAGAUUAGCAGCAAUGAAAUCACACAAAGUGAAUCUCUGAGCAGGGGAAAUACAGCCUUAGGUGACCCAGAAAAUGUUAUGUAUACAGUGAAGGAAGAAUCUGUUGGGGAUAAACUGUUGCUACUUGACAGAAGAACAAGCAAUUUCACGAGUGAGAAUGACCUUGCUGAGCAUAAUAAAGAAGAAACUACAAUAGCUGAGAAAUAUGAACAUACUUCUUCUGGAAAUGAAGAGCACGGAUAUCAAGAGCUGCCAUCCUCAAGUCAGGUUAUAUAUAAAGAUAUACACUGUCCCCAAGAGACACCAUUAACUUUUGAUAUGAAUUCAAGACAGAUCAGUCAAGAUGCUGCUUUGGAUGAUCAAGUUAGUGGUUUAGAAACCAAUAUCAGUGGCAAAAUUUUAGAAAAUAACCUCAGUUUGGAAUGUAAUUUGAAUAUACUCAAUGAUCAUUCAUCAGAUUUAAGUGAGAACUUGGAGCAAAAAAUCACAACCAUAAAUGAAAAAAAAAUGGCCAGUCUUGAGUCAUCUGAACUAUUACUUUUACAAGGAAAAGACAGCUUGCAGACUUGUGAUCUUUUAAAGUCCAGUGUAGAAGAUUUUCAGCUCUGCUUUCCAGUCAAUAAAGAGAUAGAGGAUGUGGAUGGUUCACUGUCCCUGCCUCCUGAAGACAAUGAUGUUCCGCAAAAUAAAAAAGAGGAAUCCUGGGAACAGCCAUUUGCUCAAAACACUGAAUCAGAAUUGGAAGACCAGUUGAUGGGUGAAAUAAAUUCAGAGACUAAUGCCUCAAAUGCAGAAAAAAUUGCAGUGUCUAAAACGGAACUUGAGUUCCACAAUUUAAAUGAACAGGCUAGAAGUGCUGAAUGUGUUGCAACUAAGAAGACAAACAUUCUAGAAGAUGAAUCCCACUCUGAAAGUAAAAAAUGUACUUCAACAGCUGGCAGUGACCCAAUCUCUAUACCUGUAACUACUGCUGAACAAAGCAGUGCUGUGGGGAAGAAUGACAAUAAUGAAGCAAGACAGGAGGAAUGCAAAACAAGAAUGAAAAAGCAAGAAAUUGACGCAACUUUGGCACAAGAAACCCAUAUCAAAUUGGACUCCACACAGCAAGUCCAGCUGGAACAGGCACCUGAAGAAAAUGACCGUAGUAUAAAACAUGAUUAUUCUGGCAGCCCUUUAGUAUCAGCAGUUGGAGCAGAAAUCAGUCCCCACCCACUAAAGCUUGGAGACUUAGGUGAUAGUAGCAUAAGGUCAAACAAUUCUUCAUUCAUGAGCAAUGAUUGCAAAGAAUUUUUGGAAACUCAUCCCAAAGAGACUGUGGAAAAUCCACAGAUAGUAGGCAUUUUAAUAACAUCUCCCAAAGUGCAGUCAAACGAAAGCUCAAAGCCCUUUGGCACUGUCUGCAAGGCAAGUGAAGAUGAACAGUGUGUUUCAAACCCAGAAGAUAAAGACCUGGAUUACAAUGGUCUUCAAACAGUUGUGAGUUCCCAGGGAGAGCUCUCUAACCAGACAUUUCCUGAAAGGGUACACCCAUUGGAAUUAAAUCAUUUCAGUGGCCAUGGGGAGCUUGAUAAAAGUGAACUACAACAAACUGGAGAGAAUCUACACAAGCUCCAAACAGUACUUGGUGGGCCAGAGACAAAAUCAAUUAAUCUGUCAAAUGACAAUGCAUCUUUAACACCUAUUUCUGAAUUUAUGGGAAAUGCCUCACAAAACAACAACCUGCCAAAUGUAAUAAGCCCACCAGAGGAAGAAAGUUGUCUUAACAAAGAAACCUUAAACAAUGUAAAACAAGACGUUUCUAAUUCUCUGCUUUCAGAUGGUGUUUUUGAAGGAGCAAGCCAGAGUGAUGCAUUUGCUGAAAACUUUACUACAGUUCAACAGUUGGAUGGCUUAGAUGAACUUUCAGAUAGCAAAUGCACAAGCAAUAUGGACAUUACAGAGUUUAUUCCAGUGACACAGAAAACUGAACAAGCACAAACCCUGCAGGAGACUUUAACCUGUGUAGGUGAACAUUCUAAGGACAAUGGGACCGAUGUUAACUUACCAAGCAAAGAAGGAGAAUUGGAUGAACAAAGUUUACAUACAGAGAUAGAAGAACACCUGAGCUUAGCAAAUGAAACUAUUCAGAAAGAUGAGCAAGUAACUUACAAAGGGGACUUAGCUUUCCUGCCUUCCGAAAACACAGGAAUGGAUGAACAUCCUCCUGGAUUACCUAACAGCCCACAAAUUCCUUUGAGUGAUGCUUGGCAUAAAACAUGUCCCGUUGAAAAGACCGACAUCCUAUCUGUUAGCUCUCAAGCAGAACCAACGCCUCUUUCAACAUCGGCAUUUCUACAUAAUGGGCCCAGCCAAGAAAGCUGCCAGCCUACAGACUUUAUGUAUCAUGGCCCUAAAGGUGAAUUUCAAAAAAGUGAGCCAGAAGCUGUGGCAUGUCAAGAUGUCUUUGAUACCACUCCCAGUCUGCAGACUGCGGCAGCUACACCCAUUGACUUAGAUGAUGCUUUUAUAGAGAACAGCACAACCGAUCAAAUGAAACCAGAAGUAAUGAAUUUAGAUGAUAUUCCUUCAGAAGCUGACCCAGGAAAAGAAUCUUACAUUCCAGGCCACGAGUUCCUUUCAGAAGAGCGUGUUUUAACCUUGCAGGAUGUUUCUGAGAUCAGGCAAUCAGAAAGAAAUUUGUCACCAUUUAAUUUCAAGAAGUUGCAGGAUGAGAUCUCGGCAAUUAAGCUAAAAGGGGAUAAAAGUGAUGUAAAAGCCCAGCAGCUUAACAGCUCAGCAGAAUCUCUACUCAGCCUUUCAAGUUUAGAAAGGAAGCUUUUGGACUUUUCUACGCUUGAUAAGCAAGCAAAUUGUAAGGAGGACACUGCAACAAAUAUAAGUUGUGAAGAUAACAAGCACGGUAAGACCGAAGAAGAAAGCAAAUGUGACUUGAUAGAGAAACCCAACCUUCCUAAGAUGGAAGGAGAUGUUCCUAGGCAGCCUGGAGCAAUAUCUGAAAAAGAACCAGAAAUUUCAUCUUCCAGGGCAUUCAGCAUUGGCUUUUUUGAUUUCAGGAAACACAUUAGCAAAAUAUUUGAACAGGUAGCACCAAAUGCUGUGCCUGCCAACUUGCCCAACCUUGUCAUUGAACAGAGUCCAAGUGAGGAGAUUAGUCCAGAGGCUAAAGAAACAAAGGUUAAGCAAGGUCUGGAAGAAGCUGAAAAAAGCAGUGCAGAUGGAGAUCCAGAGAAUGACUGGAAAACAAACCAACACACAAUGCCUUUGGAGACCAAAGUCUGUAAUAAAGCCACUAAAGAGAAAAUAGCGCAGGAACAAGAACACACAGGAAUGCUGGCAAACAGUCAGGAGUAUGAUUUACCAAGUGCCUUUUCAGAAAAGAUUCCUAUCGACAAAUAUUGCUUAAACGAAAACUGUCUUACAGCUUCCCCCAAGUUAGUUAAGGUGGAUGGCUUAUGCAGUCCUGAAAUAAAUGCAGAGGCUAAUGCUCACUUUUGCUCUUUAAGCAGUGAUGCUACUGAAAACCAAGUUUGCACAGAAAAAGUAGAGUUUCCAUCUAGAAGUUCUGGAAACCGAGAAAUGGAGAAUCUGCCAUCUUCUCCUAAAAAUGAAAAGCCUUUAAUAAUUCCUGCCUCUACAGGAGUUGUUCCAGAUUUUGAUGCCACAAGUGCUGCUGCUGAAGUAAAAGAAGGUAAUUUAAUUAGCCUGUGUAACUUUGAAACAGAUGAACCUAAAGCAAAGUUAAUGUAUGAUGGAAAUAAGAACAUCGACAAGGAAAAUGGUGACAACAGCACUCACCUAGCCAAGAUUUCAAUAUUGCCAUUUCUUAUAGAUGAUCUUGAUGCUCAUAAAGACCAAACAGAUCCAUCCAGGAUAUUGUUUGGGGAAAAUCCUAAUUUUCCCAAUGAACAUACAUUACAAAACAAAGCUGUUACAGUACUGGAUACCAUAGAUAGCAAUAACUGGUUGCAAAAGUCCAUUGAGGAAGAGAAGAGAGAGGACACAGCAGAACAUAAGUUAAUUACUUAUUUUAAAAAUGAAGUAAGUUCUCAUGAGUCACCAGAGGAGUCCAAAUUAGGAUCCAACAGUGUUCAAGAGAGUUGUGUAGAAAAAGCAAAUGACACCAAUUUGAGCACACCAGAAGGACCAGGUUUUUCUACUGAUACUCCUAAAGCAGAUACUACAAUCAUGCUAAUUACCAACAACUGUGAAGCAGUUUUGCAAGCCAGCAUUCAAAGGCCUGAUGAAAAGAGGCAUUCAGAAACGCUUCAAGGGAUGGAACAAACUUUAUGUACAGACAUGGAAAUGGCUUCUUUAAAUCAAGACAAAGAAGAAACUGCAAGUUUUCAAGAUAGCCAGGAAAUAAUACCAACUACUUCACAUUCUGAAUUGGAGCAAAGCUUUCCUGGUUUGCUUGAAAACAUGGCAACGGAAGAAUUACCCCCUGAAAGUUCUUCUGUUCCUGAUGUUUCCGAUAAAUUGGAGCCUGAUGUGGAUUCUUUCAAAAAACCACUGACCACAGUCCUCUGUGAUGCUGCUGCUCUUGAUGCUACUGAGCUGACCACAGCAAGUCCUUCCCAGCUUUGUGAUAGCCAGCGGACUGAUAGCACAAUUGCAUCUCUUCCUGACUUAGGAUCAUUGGCUCCUGAAUUCCCUACUGAGACAAAGCAGUCUGAUCAAGAGACUGGAAAACGCAUAUCUGAAACCAAGAGGAGUUCAGACUCUGAAGAAGCAUUUGAAACACCAGAAUCCACAACUCCUGUAAAGGCUGCACCUCCGCUACCACAACUACUGCCUGAAAUUGUAGCAUUCGAAAUAGAGGAACAAGAACUAACACCUCAGCUUCCAUCAGAAGACCCAGGUUACAGUCCAAGCACACCUGAUAAAGGUCAAGAGAGCUCCGAGCCUCCAAGUUUUUCUUCUGAAACAGUAACAGUAGCUGAUGUCCCUCAUUGUGAACCAGUUGAAGAAACUCCACUGCCCACUCCGUCUCAUUCAUUUUCUACAGUUUUUGAUGAAGACAAGCCAAUUGCUAGCAGCGGGACUUACAAUCUAGACUUCGAUAGCAUUGAAGUUGUAGAUUCCUCACAAACUGUGGAUCCAAGUUCCCUGGACACAAAAAAUCGGGAUUCCAAGUCACAUGUUAGAAGAAAAUCCACAGAUUCUGUUCCAGUUUCUAGAUCUACAUUAUCUCGUUCCCUUAGUUUGCAAGCUGGAGAAUUUGAUGGAGCCUCUUUUCCUGGGACUAACGAGACAGCAGGUUUUGCAACAGAUACUUUUAGUGCCGGUUCAAGCAGUGCUUCUAGUACUCUUAAGCGCACAAAAAAACCUAGGCCAGCUUCCUUAAAGAAAAAACAAUUAGCAAAAAAAUCCUUGGAUGUUUCUCCAGUAGAAGAACCAGGAAUAUCAGACCUCAAGCAAGAUUCUGCUGUCUCAAGUGACGAAAAAGUUUCUGAAGAAACUUUGGAGCCCACUGAACCUGACUGUACCAACCAACAGCACCAAAGCACUGUCAGUAAAGAUGAUGCCACUCCUGUACUAGAGACAUUGAGUCCAUUUGAUCCAAACAACUCAGAAGAAAUUCCUGUAUCAGGAGACAGCAAAGUACAGAACUCCCCGCUUGCCAAUAAGAAAACUGUAUCUCUUACCACAACACCAGAAGCUGUGGAGGUGACACCAUCAGACACUGGGGGACAAGAAGAUACUCCAGUGAAAAGCUUAGCAGUCAGAUUGGAAUUUGAUUACUCUGAGGAAAAAGGCAGUGGUGAGGAACAGACAGAGAGUCCUCUUCUGCCCAAAAAAGUGGAUAAAAAGCCUGGGGCCAAAAUGCCCCUCAGAAGGCCAAAGACUAAAAAGACUGGAGAGAAACUUGACAAUACUUCCACAAGCCCAACCAAGACUCCUUCUGAACCCAGUGAGAUUCCUGCCUCCAAGGGCUCAUAUACUUUUGAUAUUGACAAAUGGGAUGACCCCAACUUCAAUCCUUUCUCUUCCACUUGCAAAAUGCAGGACUCUCCAAAACUUCCUCAGCAAACCACCACAACGUACAGUUUUGAUCCAGAAAUCUCUGAGGAUUCUCUUGAUCCAUUCAAGCCUUCCCCAAAAGUUGUCAGUUCUCCCACACAACCUCCAGCAUCCUUUGAAAUUUCAGCUAAUGUCAAUGAAAUUAAUGGAUCAGAAGGAGAUGCCCUAAAUAAACCUGCAAAAAAGAAGAAGACACCACUCAAGACUGACACUUUUAGGGUGAAAAAGUCACCAAAAAGAUCUCCACUGUCUGAUGCACCUUCACAGGAAUCUGUGGUACUGCCUGCUACUGAAAUGCCCUCUGUUGUAUCCACUGUGGUACAUGCAACAGAUGAGGAAAAACUGGCAUCUUCUGUGGGUAAUCAGAAAUGGACUUGUAUGACAGUGGAUCUCGAUAAUGAUAAGCAGGAUUAUCCUCAGCCAUCAGAUCUCUCAUCAUUUGUAAAUGAAACAAAGUUCAGCUCCCCUACAGAAGAGCUGGAAUAUGGCAACACAUAUGAAAUAGAAUACAUGGAAAAAAUUGGUUCUUCCAUAGCUGAUGAUGAUGGCCAGACAAAGCAAUCUUUGUACCUUAUGUUCAAUGCUCAGCAAGAGAGUCCAAUCAAGUCUCCUCCAGUCCGUUUAUCAGAUUCUACAACUCCUUGUUCUGGGUCAAGUCUGGAAGAAACAGAAAGCCAGCUUUCCUGUAGUAUAAAACUACAGCACCCAGCUUCACGAUCCCUGGUAACUAACCAAGAAUCAUCAGUACAGUCCCCAGAUAAAACAAAAGAACUGGAAUCUGUGUCCAUAGGAAGUGCUUCAGACAACAUAAUCAGUCCUGAAGAUCCCUAUGUUUCCGCUGAUGCUCUCCUUAGUAGAAUAUCUCAUCCGCCUUCAGUAUGUGAUCAGCUUCAGUAUCUGGAGCCCGACUUAGCGGAAAAGAAUCCACCAGUAUUUGCUCAGAAACUUCAGGAGGAAUUAGAAUUUGCUGCAAUGAGGAUAGAAGCCCUGAAGCUAGCCAGACAAAUUACCUUGUCUUCUUUCAACUCCUUAGAUACUGAGAGAGACCCUGCAGUUGACCCUUCGAUCUCUAAAAGUGCAUUGUAUUCCCGGAUAAGCAGCUCAGAGGGAGAAAAUGCCUCCACUCUGCUUUAUAAGCAGCAAGACCUGGAUACCGCCUUAAGAGUUACCAGGGAAGAGAUAGUUGCAAAGGAAAGGAUGAUUUCAGAAUGGAAAGAGAAAUAUGAAGAAAGUAGGAGGGAAGUUAUGGAAAUGAGGAAAAUUGUUUCAGAGUAUGAGAAGACAAUUGCUCAAAUGAUAGAGGAUGAACAGAGAGAAAAAUCCAUGUCCCAUCACACUGUCCAGCAACUCAUUAUGGAAAAAGAGCAAGCGUUGGCUGACCUGAACUCUGUGGAAAAAUCUCUAGCAGAUCUUUUCAGAAGAUAUGAAAAAAUGAAAGAAGUUCUUGAAGGAUUUAGGAAGAAUGAAGAAGUGUUAAAGAAAUGCGCACAAGAAUAUUUAUCACGAGUUAAAAAAGAAGAGCAGAGAUAUCAAGCCCUCAAGGUUCAUGCAGAGGAAAAACUGGACAGAGCCAAUGCUGAAAUUGCACAAGUUCGGGGAAAGGCUCAGCAAGAACAAGCAGCUUACCAAGCCAGCCUUCGUAAAGAGCAAUUAAAAGUGGAUGCAUUGGAAAGAACACUGGAACAAAAGAAUAAAGAAAUAGAAGAGUUGACGAAGAUUUGUGAUGAACUGAUUGCCAAAAUGGGGAAAAGCUAACUUUUAACCAAAACCCUAAAUUACAAUCUUGAGUGCAAUAUGACCAUUGGCACAGUGAUAUCCAGGCAGUGAUGUGAACGGAUUCUAUUUUCACUUUUUGUAUGCACUACUGUAUUUUUUCUUAAUAAUGUUGAUUUGAUUGUAUGCAGUACAAAGACUAUCAGAAAUCCUUGCUAUUGUCUGCAAUUCUUUCCUUUGUAUAAUUCAUAGCAAGUUGAUCUCAAAAGUUCCUGUAUCAGGGAGAUUUGUCGAGUUCUUUAAUAAAUUACAGUUGCUCAUCCUAGCCUUCCCUUUGUACAUGAGUUCCCAUGUUGGAUGUCUUUUUUGGAUUUAAUAUAAAUGUGUAUUACAUGCAUGGGGACUCUUGCCUUAAGGAGUGUAAAUUUGAUCUGCAUUUUCUGAUUUGUAAAAUAAAAUGGAAACUUGACAAAUUAAGGUACUUGCCUCUGUGAUACUUAACACAAAUAAUUUUUCCCUUCCAGUUUGAAAAUGGGUUUCAUUUUAUUAAAUGGGAUGUUGAAAAUCAAUCUAAAUCUGAUAUUCAGUAGCAUUAGUUUUUUAUAUUUUAUUCUGUUAUUUCAUUGGUUUGAAAAACAUUAUUUCUCAGAAUACCAAUAUAGCCAGGGUACUAUAGAGAUCACCAAGGUAUAUUGUAUACAAAAUUCCCAAGAGAAGAUGAUAAGUUAUUUAUUUAAAAAAUCUACUAGUAUAAAAUAUGUGAUUUUUCUUCUGAAUGCUUGUACAAAUGAUGCUAGGGCAGAUACAAGUUACUAGAAAUAUUUGACUUUAAAAGAUCGUGUGCUUUUUUAAAGUUAUUAUAUUUUUCAUGUUGUGUUUUUGUUGUUUACUAUAUUUUGAAUUGCCUACAGUUGUUUUGGAACUAGAUCGUGGUAAAUUGAAAUACAUAAAUGCUUUUUAAAAAUCCACCCAGACAUUUCCUCAGCAACAAGGUUACUUAGUGUAAUGAUAAAUUCAAUCCUACUCUAGAAUCUAUCAUUUGUAAUGAUAAACUUCAGACCUACUAUAUUUUGAUGCUAAAAUUCUAAAAAGCAACAGAGUUGAAAUUUACUGAAACAGUAUGAGAAACACCAAGAAACCUGCUCUUUUAGUAGCACUUUUUAAAAUAUAAAAUGUAAAAUCCAAGUAAAUGAAUAAAAGCGGUAUUGGAUGAAAGCACCUUUACUGGUAUUUAUUCAUCACAUUCAUAAUUGUAAAAUAAUAGGCCAGUUUUUAAUAUAGUAGAGAACUGGAGGUUCAACAUACUCAUACUACUUUGAUUAAUUAUUUGGGAUGUGUUAGCUUGUCCCAGAAAUUCUGUGUAAAAAUUUAUAUAAAUGGUGCUUUUUCCAAGAACUGUUGUCACUAAAAAAGAUUUGCAUCAUUAGUUUUAAAAAAUAGUCAUAGCAAUACAUUGCUUUCAGUAUCACAAAGCUUUUGCUACAAAAACAAUCAGCAAUAGGAUGAAAGUCAUCCUGGAGUAAGUCACAAAAAUGGUGAACUAUAUUAAAAGUAAUUCUCAUGUGUAUCUUUAUCAUAUAAUUUAAAGUGACCACACGGAUGUAGAAAGCUUCAGUCUUUCCACUUUUUUAUACAGCUUAUACUAACCAUCAUAAAUUGUGCCUUUCAGGGAACAUUUGAUAUCAAAAUUUCUAAUGCCUUAUUUGCCAAGCUUUGUACUGUGACAAAUGAAUGUACAAGGAACAUUUUUCCUCAUUAAAUGCUUAAUUUUCAUGUG